CUUCCUCCGCGCAUGUCAAACAACACGUGCAUUGGCUGCUGGUCUCGGUAGCUGUUGCUGUGUUUGUCUUAACAGCUUAAUUUAUAUACAUUUAGAUUUACCUACACUUGUUUGUAGGGCCACAUAUCACUUCUAAAUGGGAGGUACUCAAAAGAAAAAGUAUGAGAGGGGCUCUGUCACCAACUACAUCACCAGAAACAAAGCUCGCAAGAAGUUAUCGCUGAGCCUCCCAGACUUCAGGCGACUGUGCAUCCUUAAAGGCAUCUACCCUCAUGAGCCCAAGCACAAGAAGAAGGUGAACAAGGGAUCUACAGCCCCGAGGACCUUCUACCUGCUCAAAGACAUCCGCUUUCUUCUGCACGAGCCAAUUGUUGGCAAGUUCAGAGACUACAAGGUAUUUGUACGCAAACUUAAGAAGGCUUAUGGAAAAACAGAAUAUACUAAUGUGCAGAGACUGAAGGAGAACAAGCCGACAUAUAAACUGGACCACAUCGUCAAAGAAAGGUACCCGUCCUUCAUCGAUGCUCUCCGUGACGUCGACGAUGCCCUCUGCAUGUGCUUCCUCUUCUCCACUUUCGCCCGAACAGGAAAGUGCCACGUUCAGACAAUCACGCUGUGCAGGCGCCUCACUGUGGAGUGGAUGAACUAUGUCAUCGCAUCCCGUUCUCUCAGAAAGGUGUUCAUCUCCAUCAAGGGAAUAUAUUACCAGGCCGAGGUGAUGGGACAGCUCAUUACCUGGCUGGUGCCAUAUCAGUUCGCCCAUGAU